GAGCUGUAAGAUGGCGGCGGCGGCGGUGGUAGAGUUCCAGAGAGCCCAGUCUCUACUCAGCACCGACCGGGAGGCCUCCAUUGACAUUCUCCACUCCAUCGUGAAGCGUGACAUACAGGAGAAUGAUGAGGAGGCAGUGCAGGUCAAAGAGCAGAGCAUCCUGGAACUGGGGUCUCUCCUGGCAAAGACUGGACAAGCUGCAGAGCUUGGAGGACUCCUGAAGUAUGUGAGGCCCUUUUUGAAUUCCAUCAGCAAGGCUAAAGCAGCUCGUCUGGUCAGAUCUCUUCUUGAUCUGUUUCUUGAUAUGGAAGCUGCUACAGGGCAGGAGGUCGAGUUGUGUUUAGAGUGCAUUGAGUGGGCCAAAUCAGAGAAAAGAACUUUCCUACGUCAAGCUUUGGAGGCGAGACUGGUGUCUUUGUACUUUGAUACCAAGAGGUACCAGGAAGCAUUGCAUUUGGGUUCUCAGUUGCUGCGGGAGUUGAAAAAGAUGGACGACAAAGCCCUUCUGGUGGAAGUACAGCUUUUAGAAAGCAAAACAUACCAUGCCCUGAGCAACCUGCCGAAAGCUCGAGCUGCCUUAACUUCUGCUCGAACCACAGCAAAUGCUAUCUACUGCCCCCCUAAAUUGCAGGCCACUUUGGACAUGCAGUCAGGUAUUAUCCAUGCAGCAGAGGAGAAGGACUGGAAAACUGCGUACUCAUAUUUCUAUGAGGCAUUUGAGGGUUAUGACUCCAUCGAUAGCCCCAAGGCCAUUACAUAUCUGAAGUACAUGUUGCUGUGCAAAAUCAUGCUCAACACUCCAGAAGAUGUCCAGGCUUUGGUGAGCGGGAAGCUUGCACUUCGCUAUGCGGGCAGGCAGACAGAAGCAUUAAAAUGUGUGGCUCAGGCUAGCAAGAACAGAUCACUGGCAGAUUUUGAAAAGGCCCUGACAGAUUACCGGGCAGAGCUCCGGGAUGACCCAAUCAUCAGCACACACUUGGCCAAGUUGUAUGAUAACUUACUGGAACAGAAUCUGAUCCGAGUUAUUGAGCCUUUUUCCCGAGUACAGAUUGCACACAUAUCUAGCCUCAUCAAACUCGCUAAGGCCGACGUGGAAAGGAAAUUAUCACAGAUGAUUCUUGACAAGAAAUUUCACGGGAUCUUGGACCAGGGGGAGGGUGUCCUGAUUAUUUUCGAUGAACCACCAGUAGAUAAAACUUAUGAAGCCGCUCUGGAAACAAUUCAGAACAUGAGUAAAGUAGUGGAUUCCCUCUACAACAAAGCCAAGAAGCUGACAUAGAGUUGGAUCUGUAGCGGUCCUUUGGAGAGUGUGUGUGGCAGGAGAGUGAAACCUUUGGGGAAAAUGCUAGGAGAUUUUUUUUCUUUCGUUCUACUUUUCGCUCGGAAAGUUUUUAAAUCCUCAUUUGGUGCAUCUGUAUUCCAGCCGAUAGGUGUGCCAGUUUUCAUGUAAUCUUUACUGGCCCAACUUGGGAGUGGGGAAAUUGCUUUAAAAAAAAAAGAAAAAGGAAAAAAAAAAAGGUUAUUCUAAAUAAAAGGAAAAAGGCUUACACUACCUAAAGCUGUGCUCUCUGCCUC